AGCAGGGUGGAACGAAUCCUUUUGAUCCGAUGAGUUUUCCAGGAAUACCCCAAACUGGAUUUCCUGGCAGUUCACAAACUGGCUUUUCUACAAACGAUCAAUCUGCUUUCCCAUCCAAUCAAAUCAGUUUUCCUACAAAUCCACAAACUGGCUUCCCAUCAAACAAUCAAUUUCAGACAAAUACAAACAACCCCUCUGCCCCCACUCUCCAAAGAUUUGAUCAACAGCCCCCUGCUCUUCCCGGAUCUGUAUCUACAAGCAACUCUAUGCCUUGGAAUACUUUUCCGACUAAUGCUGGAAGCUUUGGACAAGAUACAGGUUCUUUAGCAAACACUAAUACCUUAAUAAAUAAUAACCAAAAUAAUUUAUUUGCUAACAAUAUGCAACGCUCAAAUGUUAAUGGCAUGCAAAGACAAAGAAAUUCACUUGAGCAAACUAUUGGCAUGGUCCAAGCAAAUCAAUUUAAUACGAUGCAACCUCAACAGUUUAAUAAUCUCACAUCUAACCAGAAUUUCGCGAAUUCUCAAUUGCUUAAUUCUCAAACUUCAACAGGAUCAAUAGGCUCGGCUGUUGAUGGUUUCGGCAGAGUGCAAAAUCCCAGUUUUCUUCAUAAUGCUGGAAACGCAAUCCAACAAGGAUCAUUAAUGGGAGGUGAUCCGACAAUUGGUGAACCGAUGAUAAUCGAUAAUGGUGGACGAACAACCGUUGUGGUGGAUAAUAUAACAUUUACGGGAGUCCUUCCACCAGGACCACCUGUAAUAAGGACACAAGUGAUAAAUGGAAAAGGCUCAGUGCAUUUAAAUCCAUUAGUUUCUUCUAGGGCAGCUACAGAUUCAUUUGGAAGAAAUUUUCCAACACAACUGCAGUUCUCAAAUCCAAAUGACCUGAAUUCAAUAAAUCAGAAUUUCCCAUUGAGUGCAGAAAAUAACCAAAUAUUUCCUAAUCAACAAUUAUUAGGAAUACAGGCAACACAAGGUACUAAAAGUCCAGUUGAACCCCAAAUGAACCAAGAUACCUCUUUCGGGACUCCUACUUCAAUAUUUGUUAAUACCUCGGGUCUCCUCAAUCUCACCAAACCUCAAGGAAAUGUCGACAUGUCAUUAUUAUCAAAUAACUCUACUCUUUUAGCAUCUAAUGCAACUAACCAACAACAAAUGAUAGAUAUUUCGAUACCCCUUAAUACUAAUCCCAUAUUAGCAACUAGCAAUAAUAUAGGAACAGCAUUGUCGGGGAGUAAUGUAGGCAUAGAUUUGGGUAAAGGUACCUCCUCAAGCAACAUUUUGCCGUCUGGAAUCAACAUAACUGGAAUAGAAGGAACAGGACCAAUUGAUGCACAUGGGCACGCAGGUGACCAAGUAUUAGUUGACACAAGUUCCAUUUCUGUGCAACCACAUGCCUUUAUGACUUCAACUCUCCCGAGUGUAGACUUGCAAGGUUUAUCUACCACAAAGCCAUCAAAUAUCAUUGUGAAUGAGCCGCAAAUCCAAGUUGUUGAUGGUAUUCCCCAGGAAUUUGGAACGUCUUCUACAAUCGCUGGAAAAAUUCCUAAAGAAAUGUCUUCUACAGUUACUGGGGGUAUUUCUGAAGGAAUAUCAUUAACAAAAACUGGAAAUAUCCCCACAGAAUUGUCUUCUACGAUAACGGAAAACGUACCAAUGAAACCUUCUUCAGCAAUAAGUGGAAAUAUCCCUACUGGAAUCUCGUCUUCACUAGUUGGAAAUGUCACUGAUCGUGUAGGUCAAAUACAAGGUGAUGUUCUGCAAGCAAAAGCUCCACAAGUAACUGAUAAUGUUCCAUCUUCUGUAGAGCUUAAUCCAAUGCAAAAUAAUCAAUUGUUAGAACUGCAACGCCAACAACAAAUUCUACAGAUGCAUAGAUUGGCACUUUUGAGAAGAAGAGAGGAACAGCUCAAUACAUUAAGAAAACAAUUACUUCAAAUCGAACUCACAGGCAACAAGAGACAACCAGUGCAACGAAACCCUUUGACUCCAGUGAAGACGAAAGACAUGAGGAUUUUAGAGAACAUCAAACCAGCAGCUACGGCACCGAAGACCACUGCAUCAUCAACAGUCGCCUUUAUGAAUGUGGAUUCAUUAAGAUCUCUCAUAGAAGAAAUUCUUCAUGGUUUCUUCAAGAAGCAAAAUAUUCUUGCGGGAUUAAGUGUUCCCUCUAGUGGUAGUACAUCUAUUGUUGACAUAUCCAAAAGCAGUCCACCGAACCCAAACAAAGUACCAAGAAUGGAUCCAAACUCUUUACAACUGAAUGUUGUUCCAGUUCAAAAAAGUACUUCUCAACCAGGAAUACAACCAACAACUCCAAACAAUGUUAAGAACAUUGACCCAACAGUCAGUAUGGUGGAUCCAAAUGUAGUACCUUUAACAGAAGCUAUUGGAGUGGAUCCAAAUGCAGCACCUCCAACAGAACCUACCGCGGUAGACCCGAAUGCAGUACCUCCAACUGAACCUACCGUGGUGGAUCCAAAUGCAGCACCCCCGAUAGAACCAAUUGUAGUGGAUCCAAAUGCAGCACCUCCAAUAGAACCAAUUGUAGUGGAUCCAAAUGCAGCACCUCCAAUAGAACCUAUUGUGGUGGAUCCAAAUGUAGUACCUCCUGCAGAACCCACAUCCCCACCAGCAACAGAUUCAAAUACAAUUCUUGUGACUGAGCCAAGUGUGCAUGCGCAUAGUGAUAUUGUAACAGUGUCUGACUCUUCUGCAACAAAUAUGCAGGUUACUGAAUCGUUUUCAACAAUUUUACCUACUACAACUACAGUAUUGCCUCCAGUGACAUCUCCUAUUAUAAUAGAUAGUGUUGGUAACAGCGUGGGUCAACCAAGUCUUUCCGGGCAAAAACGAAAUUUAUUUCCAGGAGGAAUCGCUGUACAUCCGGAAAUUUCUUCAUUUCGAACGCCCAAUCUGGCAAAUUUUCAACAAUCAGCGCCUCCACAACCUCAGUGGAAUUUCAAUCUUCCUCAUCGUGGAGUACAUCUGCAGGGAAGAACACGGGGCGGUGUUUCCAGCAUUCCUGAAAUGAUCGGAGGGGAUCUUUCAAGUACCAAUGCCAGAGUUAUUGCUCAACAAAACAGACCCAUACAUAAUUCAAAUUUUAAUUUGCAAUUUAAUCGCCGUCUCCAGGACGUAGCAAUGAGAUCAAAUGUUAACAUACCUCUUGGACGUCCAGGAGGAGUUCCGGUCCCAAUGCUGUAGUGACGUCACAGACACUACUUUCAUUCUUG